UCCCACGUGGAACUCCUUCUUCUCUGAGCCCGAGGUGGGCGCACGCUGUCAACGACCCCAAGGUGUUAAGUCUCCAGAAGAGUGUUGAGCCGGGGGUUCGCAACCCGGAUAGGUCCCGAGGACCGGCUGCUUCAUGGAGCCCCAGGGGGCGCAGCAGCUAACUUCGGAGGCGCCGGGGCCCGCGCCCUUUGGAGAACCCUCACCAGCCCAGGAGUUGCCCGCCGCGGGGGUCCUCUGCCUGGAGGGCGGCAGGGACGGCGGCAGCGUAGCGGAGUCGGGGAGUCCCGACGCCGAGCCCUUGUCCCCCGAGGAGGAGGCUGUCCUCCGAGAGCAGGAGGAGCUGCUGGCGUGCCGCCGCCGCCGCCGCGCGCGGUCCUUCUCGCUGCCCGCCGACCCGAUCUUGCAGGCGGCCAAGCUCCUGCAGCAGCGCCAGCAGCUUGGCCUGGGGCUGGACGCGGAGGGCGGCGAGAGGGCCGAGGACACGCCGCACAGCCCGGGUGGCUGCUGCGCCAAGUGCAAGAAGCGAGUGCAGUUCGCGGACGCGCUGGGGCUGAGCCUGGCCAGCAUUAAGCACUUCAGCGAGGCCGAGGAGCCGCGGGUGCCGCCGGCCGUGCUCUCCCGCCUCCGCAGCUUCCCCAUGAGCGCCGAGGACCUGCAGCAGCUCCCGGGCCUGCUGGCGGCGGCCAGCGCGCCCCUCGCUGCGCCGCCUCCACGGCUGCGUCCUCUCUUCGAGCUGCCCGGGCCGGGCGCGGCGGCCGAGCGCCUGCGGCGGCAGCGCGUGUGCCUGGAGCGCGUGCACUGCUCGGCGCCCGGGGGCGCGGAGGUGACAGGCUCCGGACGGGUGCUGGGCUGCCCCGGGCCGAGGGCCGUGGCCGUGCGCUACACUUUCACUGAUUGGCGCUCCUUCCUGGACGUGCCUGCCGAACUGCAGCCAGAGCCCGUGAAGCUACAGCGGCAGGAGACGCCGUCGGGGGAACCUGGGCCCGGGGGCGCCGAGGAGGAGCAGAGUGCCGAGCGCUUCCACUUCUCCCUGUGCCUGCCCCCGGGUCUGCAGCCCGAGGAAGGGGAGGACAUAAACGCGCCGGACAUCGCCGUCCACUUCGCAGUCUGCUACCGCUGCGCCCAAGGCGAGUACUGGGACAACAACGCGGGGGCCAACUACACGCUGCGCUACGCGCGCCCCUCGCACUCUCCCUGACCGGCCCGCCGGCCCUCGGCCCCGCGGCGCCAGAACCCCCGGAGGGACCGUGGGACUGGGGCCGCGCCGGGUAACUUACCCCGACGCUUUGCUGAGCGCCGUCCACCUGGAGUGUGGGGAGCGCGGAGGGAAAGGAGGGAGCCACUCAGUGGUGAAGUCGCACCAGACAGAUCCUGUGGCCAAGCACGGUGAGCCCGGGCAAAGCACCGGCCGGUUUCCCCAUCGCUCAGGCCUUCCUAGCGGAUCUCUCGGAUUCUACCCCAGCCUCAGAAUGGAAGGAAACCCUCAAGACAAUGACCAGUAGUUUUCUCCACGAAAAAAGGCUCCUGACAACUGAGCAAGGCUGUAAGACCUUUGGAUGUGCUUUUAACUGUAGACAUCGUGUUUUAGCCUUUGCAGCUUGUUGGAGACCCCUGUUUCAGGGAGAGGACGAAGGACCCGCCCGCCACAUUGCCCCUAAGGAAGGCACUGGAACUGUGGGUGCACGAUGGCGCCCGGAGGGGGGCGGGGCGGGUUGGGGCGUUUCUCAGAGAAAACCGGGUGGGUCCUUGGCCCGCUGUCCUUUUAACCGGACUCGGGAGAAGUUGGCCCAGACUUGCCGUUAUUUACUUGUGCCUUUGUAUAAAUAUGUCCUUUAAGAAAGUAAAGGCCUCUUGCACA